GAGCCAAAGGGUAAAAUCUGUACGGCUCGCUUCUCGAGGUCUCCUUCUCCCCCGUUCUCUCUCUCUCGCCGGUCGGAGAAUCCAGGUGUGCCGCCGACCGCGAGUCCUUCCGUUUUCAAAUUCCAAACCACCGUACUCUGCAAUCCAGUCCCUCACAGCGCCCUAAUCUAAUCCAAUCGUUUCUUCACAGCUUCGUGCAUGGGCGAAAAGAUUGAGCUGCUCUGACGAGGUCUUCGUUUCGUCCGUUUUGUAGCGUAGAGCUUGUGUGAUUGAAGAGCGACGAUGGCUAGUCAAGGCGGUUCUUCGAGGAGAAGCCUGUCGUUGACGAACGCAUCGUUGCAGGAGAAGAAGAAAUCCUCUGACCAUCUCCAUCAUCAUGGAGCUGGAGGAGGCCAUGAGCCAUCCAGAAAAUCGACUUCGUCGGCUCGUCCUCCAGUGGGGUUAGCAGGAGAGCGAACAGUAAAGCGGCUGCGGCUAUCAAAGGCUCUAACAGUACCUGAAAGUACUAGUGUUCAAGAGGCAUGUCGCCGGAUGGCUGCUCGGAGAGUUGAUGCGUUGUUGUUAACUGACUCUAAUGCAUUGCUUUGUGGAAUACUUACCGACAAGGACAUAGCAACAAGAGUUAUUGCACGAGAGCUUAGUCUUGAGGAAACACUUGUUUCUAAAGUUAUGACGAGGAACCCAAUAUUUGUACUCUCUGACACUCUUGCAGUCGAAGCCCUUCAGAAGAUGGUUCAAGGAAAAUUCAGACAUUUGCCUGUGGUGGAGAAUGGAGAGGUCAUUGCUUUACUUGAUAUAGCAAAGUGUUUGUAUGAUGCCAUUGCGCGAAUGGAAAGGGCAGCUGAAAAGGGAAAGGCUAUAGCUGCUGCUGUGGAAGGUGUUGAAAAACAUUGGGGCACCUCUAGUUCUGGUUCCAAUACAUUUGUUGAAACACUUCGUGAAAAGUUAUUUAGGCCAUCGUUGUCUACAAUCAUUCCGGAGAAUACAAAGGUCUUGACAGUUUCACCCACAGAUACAGUUUUGGCAGCAGCAAAGAAGAUGCAAGAGAUGCGAAUUAGUUCUGCAGUUGUGACAGUUGAUAACAAGCCACGAGGAAUCCUUACUUCUAAGGAUAUUUUGAUGCGGGUCAUAUCACAAAAUCUUUCUCCGAAGACCACCCUUGUAGAGAAGGUCAUGACUCCAAAUCCAGAAUGUGCCUCAGUUGAUACACCAAUUGUUGAUGCACUGCACACUAUGCAUGAUGGAAAAUUUCUGCACCUGCCUGUAGUAGACAGAGAUGGAGCUGUAGUUGCUGUGGUUGAUGUAAUUCAUAUCACUCAUGCUGCUGUGGCCACUGUUGGAAAUAGUGCUGGAGUGAGUAAUGAAAACGCAAAUACUAUGAUGCAGAAGUUUUGGGAUUCUGCCAUGGCCUUAACUCCAACUGAUGAGGAUGAGGAUUGUCGGAGUGAAAAUUCUUUAAGACUGGCUUCAGAGGGAGCAGAGACUAGGGUGUCACAUCCCUUUCCAUCAACAGUUUUUCCAAAUACUUUUGCCUUCAAGCUUCAGGAUAAGAAAGGCCGAAUGCACAGAUUUACUUGCAAUAUUCAGAGUUUGACUGAUCUUAUAACUUCCAUUAUUCAUAGAAUGGGAGAUGACAUUGACCGGCACAACCUUCCUCAAAUUUUGUAUGAAGACGAAGACCAUGAUAAAGUACUAUUGGCAUCCGAUAGUGAUCUCGCUGCAGCCGUGGACCAUGCAAGGCAAGUUGGUUGGAAGGGCUUGAGAUUGCAUUUAGAUUUCUCGGGAACAGCUGGUCGUCGUCGAAAAACUACAACUGCUGGAGGAAGCGUGGAUUAUGCUUAUGCAGAUUCUGCUUGGGCAUCAGCAUACAGUGCCGCGGCAGCUGGGGCUGCACUUGUAGCAGGCUUUGGCGUUUUGGCAUACUUGAAAAGAUCCGGCAAUAAUUGAUACCAUUUUUUUGUAUUGCAGCCUAAGACUGAAUGUCGUAGAGCAGCAGAACUUGUGCUUUUUAUACAUCCCUUACACAUAUAACAAGCGAAAAAAAAAUCAAUUUUUAGUAACGAUUAUUUGCUCAGAUAUGUCUUCUCUGAUGCGUACCAAUUUACGCAGCUUCAUGAACUGGUGUAAGAACUAAAUGGUGCUACCUGAAAUGUACAAGUUCUUUGAU